CUCGUCGACUGCAACAGCGCAAAAUGGCAAACGCCAGCUAACCCGAGGCGCUAAUGUGGCAGCUCCCGAUGAGGAUGAGGUAAAGCGGCUCGCGCACACGGGACACCGGAGGAACUUUCAAGAUACGAGGAGGAGGAAACUGUCCAUGGUCGUCAGCACCAAAACAAACCAGUUUUGACAGAGAGGAGAUCGAUAUGGCGCUGAGGGAGCUCAAAGUGUGUCUCCUGGGGGAUACUGGCGUUGGAAAGUCGAGUAUUGUUUGGAGAUUUGUGGAGGACAGCUUUGACCCAAACAUCAACCCAACAAUUGGGGCGUCCUUCAUGACCAAGACGGUGCAAUACCAAAAUGAACUACACAAGUUCCUGAUCUGGGACACAGCGGGGCAGGAACGGUUUCGUGCUCUGGCACCGAUGUACUACAGAGGUUCUGCAGCAGCCAUCAUUGUUUAUGACAUCACAAAAGAGGAGUCCUUCCAAACACUGAAGAACUGGGUGAAGGAGCUGCGUCAGCAUGGGCCUCCUAACAUCGUGGUUGCCAUCGCUGGCAACAAAUGUGACCUGUCUGAUGCCAGGGAAGUGCCAGAGAGAGAGGCCAAGGAUUAUGCUGAUUCCAUUCAUGCCAUCUUUGUAGAAACCAGCGCCAAGAACGCCAUUAACAUCAAUGAGGUGUUUAUAGAGAUAAGUAGGCGGAUCCCCGUUGUAGACACAGCAGGAGGUACUUCAGGAAAAGGUUUCAAACUGGGACGUCAGGCCUCAGAGUCUCGCAGGACAUGCUGCUGAUGAUGCCGGUGACUGUUCCCACAUGACCUAUGACCUGACCUUUGCUUAUUCUCUGCGUCCCCGACCUGCCUCAGCUUACAGCUCUACACGCCCUCAGACAUCCUGCCGGCACUGUUAUCCGGGUGCAGCAGUGUCACUCUGAUGAUGAUGAUAGUAAAUGCAUUUUUAAAGCACUUAAAGCAACACUAUGUAACUUUUACCGAGAAACAGCGCCCUCUGCAGCCACGUGUGACGAUAAAUUCCGAUUUAGCUGGAGCUUUUACUGCGUAGUCCCACUCACAACACACAACAACUGAACGGUUAAUAUUACAAGUGAUCCCAGGCUUCCUGAAGCCGCUGUAACAAAUGUAACAAAUACACCAAACUCUGUGUAGAAUUCCUCAUAUUUUAAAAGUUUCUUGGCGGAAUAUUAAACAUAAACUGUGUUUUUUAAUGACUUCGAAGUCUUUUUAACUGAUCUGCAGUUCAGCGUGAUUCUGACAAUUUAAGCUGCGACUAUCAGUCACUUAAACACAGGAGGUCGUCACAUAUAGCAAGAAGAGAGGUUCAGGGUGAGGAGUGGAAAUUCUCCCUAUUCAAAGUCAAUGAACCAUCAAACUAAUGUUGAAGCUGCUAUUUCAAGGCAAUAAAAAAUACAUAGUGUUGCUUAACAAUAGCAAAUCAUCAUGUGUCAUCUGUAAGUUGCUUGCAGGUGAAAUACUUUCAGAGCACAGACAAACAUGGUUGCACAAAUACAUUCAUGUGACAAGGAAAGACCCCCACACACACACACACACACACACACACACACACACACACACACACACACACACACACACACACACACACACACACACACACCCACAGACAUUCUGGCUUCUAUAAUGGACUCCAGUCUCUAAAUGGUAUGGUGUAGUCUCAUGUUGACCAGAGACUCAUCAGAUUCAUUCAAAAGUGACUUGUAGCUGUAAAUUUGUACAAAUAUAUUAUCUUUCAACAAAAAAGUUAAUUGACAAUGUUUAAAUCUCAACCUCAAAUUAUUUUGAUAAUAUUUAAGUUAUUGCCUUUAAUUUCCUGGGAGACCUUUCCCCAAAAUUAUUUUCUCUGUAUAAUCAAUAAUUAAUCGGACAUUUCUGAUCAAAGAGAUCAAUGUUAGUACCAAUCUCUCAUCUUGACGUUUGCUUGAAGGAUAAAAGUCAAGGAAGAUGGUGCACGCUUGAUUUAAAUUUGAUUGUUUUCAUCAAAGCAAAAUAUCAAAAUGGUGUUUUGAUCUCAGCCACAAUCACACAGUCGAAUAUGCAGAAAAAAUGUGUAUGCGUCUGCUUCCUUUUAAUAAUAAAGGAAAGUUUUUUGGAGGCACUCUAGAGAUGAGAAUAUUGAUACCUCUCUUACGUCUGCAUAGCUCAACAUGAAGACUAAGCCAGGCUAGCUGUUACCACCUCUUUCCAGUCUUAAUGCUAAGCUACGCUAACCAAAUGUUUGUUAUCUCCCUCUAAUGACUGAUCAGAUGUGAGAGUGGUCUUGAUCUUCUCAUCUAACUUUCCACAAAGUUAAGAAGCAUAUUAUCCAAACUAUUCCUUUUAAAUCUUUAAUUAGUUGUUCCUCUCUCAUUUGGCGUUCAGGAUAUUUUGAUCGUCACUUGCCCCUGGGUUUGAUAACAAUAACUUAAAAUUGUCGUAACAUUUCAUCUCACUGUUGAGAGAAAGUCCUCGUGUCCCAAUGACAGAGCUUUAAUCAGGGCUGAUAUCUCUGACUCUGUUGGUUGUCUUGAAGCUGAUUAUAAGCGAACAGUUCCAGCUGCUCACAUGUGUUCCACAUUUCCACUUGUAAUUGCUGAAGAUCCAUGAACAGGCUCAUGUGGAUGAUGUACCCCACAGUACACAGAGAAUCCCGCCGGUUGUUUCCAAACAUUACUCCAACUUCAUUUUUCUUAAAUCUCCUUGCAACCUUUCACCGGUGAGCCCGUCUGUCUGCAGCCCUUCGCUGCUACCCACUAGAAAUUUUACAGGAGAGGCCAGUUUUUCUGAGGUAUUGCCAAAUUCUUUAAUUGUGCGAUAAAUAUUUUUCAUUCUCCCCCGGGUCACACAUCCAAACUUGUUUUACUAGCUGCCCUGUGAUGGAAACAAUACGAGAUCUGGAAACUCGACCUCGUUCAGAGGAAGCUCAGAUUUUGGAGCUUAAAUCUCCCCUCAGCAGAAGUUUAUAGGUGGAGAAUCAGAUGUAACAGUGUUGACAUGCUGACCCCUUAAUGAACCUUUGUUUCCAUUCCGCUCUGUAUGCACUUUGUUCCAGCGUCUGCUUUCUGAAUUUCCUCUCUCUUCUGUGUUGUUCCCCUAAAUGACAAACUUAUUGUCGGGCCAGAUUUCAAUCAUGGUACAGUUACAGCUUUCACAGAGCCACAUCAUCACCCGCUUUCUCUGUGAUCCUUAUGUUAUGUUACAGCUAUCUCAUUUGCCUCUGAUAUUGUUUGAACUUCAGCAGCAGUGGAUCAAUGAGCCCACACUGACUUAUUCAUUCUGUGUAAUUUCAUGCUUCCCUGGAUCUCAUGAGCUCCUUCAGUCCCAAAACCUAUUUUCAAACUUGCCAAAAGAAAUGCAGGUCUUAAUUAGACUGCAUCUGCACAUUUAUCAACGUGAAUUGUGUCCUUUUCUGUCAGCGCUAGACACUUAAUUUGCCUUUGAGCAUCUUAAUGUAACUGAUGAGUACUGUGCUGAGUAGUGCCGCCUAAUCUUUCAGGAUUUUUUCUGUGGAGUGCAAUAGUUGUUAUAAUGACAAAGGUAAAAUGUGACCUAAUCGGAGACAUUAGUUACAGAGUGAUGUGUUCACACAGGAAAGCAAAUGCUUGUGCAAAAGAUCUCCAACAGGAUAAUGACAGGUUUAAAUGAACCUCAUUUUAUGUGUAUUUGGUGACGGGUUUGCUCUUACAUCAUAUGACAGAGUCAAAACACUCUCCUGUCUUUGAUAAUCACCCAGCAUGACAUCAUGAUACCAACACUAGCUACUAAAACCUCAGCAGUCACAUUAAGAAGGGAAUCACUGCAGCUGCACUUUUGACUCACUGACUGUUUGUAUUAAUUGGCUCCUAAUAUGAACUAACGCUGUCUGCAGCAUGUUAAUAUGCCUGUGAAACACUUUAUGAAACAUUCUUGCACGGGUGUCAGACUUUCUUUAAUAUCCUAUGGUGUUAUUUUAGGUUUUGACUGUUUGCUCAGCUCGUAUUGCGAUGAAGACGGUGGUGCCAAAUAAUGUCAAAACUAUUUUACUACAUCAUGCAUAAUUAACCAUUUUUUAUUGUUGUUGUAAUAUAAUGAUUUAAAGUACUAAUCGCAUAAAAUGCUUACAAAAAUAUUUGAGUUCUGAUAAUGAUGACAUGUUUCCCCCUCAUUUGGAAACAGGAGGCAUGAAUAGUGUUUGCCAAUUUUGCAUUGAAAAAUACCAUUAGUCUUGGGCUGGCCCUGGGAAUGUGAUUAAUCUAUAUUGUGUAUAUUUUUCAGUGUAGAUAAAUACCAUCAGAUUGCACACAAAUCAAUGACUAUUCUAGUCUAAGCCAGUUUUGUGACCACAGUGGACUUGUUCACCAUUUGCAGUGACAUCAUCUGAACUGUUGUUACCAUAUUUAGCUUUUUAUUAAAUUUCAUAUUGAUUGUAACAAAAUACCUGAGAACUCUUGUUUGCGGUGUAUUUCCAAAUGUGUAAAAAGGGAAUUGUCAAUUGUUUACUAAUAAAAGAUUGACAAAAAAUA